CAUUGUCCUAGACGGAAUUGGAGAGGAUCCCUCAUCGCCACUGAAUCGCCAUCACCCUUGGCCGCCUGCCUUGCUUCUAUUCUUUUCUACUUCUCCUCGGCUUUUGCGGGCGAUUCACCUCUGGACCGCGGCUCGGAAGGCCCAGAAAUCCAUCCGUUUCGUACUUAUCGCCGCCCAUCCGGCAUCCACAGCUGCAGCUAUCCUAGAGAAACUGCUCAACCUCUCUGCUGCUUCUUCCGGCAGAUCCUCAUCAUAAGACGCGGCAAAGAGAAGGUUCUGCAAUUUGAAGUUGGUGAAACUAGAAACCGAUUGGGGGGAAGAAAUAUGGAGUCGCUAUCUCAAUCUGGAGAUAUAUUUGAUUCCUCGUUGAAUCUAGAGGAGACACAUUAUAAAGAAGGCUAUGAUGAAGGGUACAAAGAUGGCCUGGUUGCUGGCAAAGAAGAUGCCAAACAAGUCGGCUUGAAAACGGGCUUUGAGAUUGGAGAAGAGCUCGGAUUCUAUCGUGGUUGCAUCGAUCUCUGGAACUCGGCAAUGAAGGUAGCUCCGACACAUUUCUCAACCCGAAUCCAGAAUUCUAUAAAGCAAAUGGAGGAACUGAUCGACAAAUACCCGCUUUUGGAACCUGAGGAUGAGCGCAUUCAAGUGAUAACGGAUAGUCUAAGGCUGAAGUUCCGGGUCAUAAGAGCAGGCCUGGGAGUGAAAUUAGAGUAUGAUGGAUAUCCAAAGCCUCGAGAUAUGGAGUUUUGA